CAUUCCAUAGAGUCCAUCAGUUAAAGCCAGACCAUCAUCAACCUUUAUUCUGCAGACCGAUCGAUCAUUUUCUACAGCAGCGAUGAGCAUUAGUGUCUUUAAGGAUUGGGUCUACAGGACUCCUGCCAUGGUCUACAAUAAAGACAGCUGUAUUCUUCUGGUCUUUUCAAACGCAACGACGGCUGUUGGGCGGCAUAGAAGGCUUGCUAUGAGAAUAUUUUUGUUUGACAGAGGUCGCAAUUUUUCACCAAUGUGGUGCAAGACGAAAAUAGUGAGAGAAGCCAGCCUUCCUGGACACAGCUCCAUGAACCCCUGCCCGAUGUUCGAUGAGGAGAACAGGAAGCUCUUCCUGUUUUUCAUGGUCACCAGUAAUGAACACCUUCAUGAAGAACACCUCUUUUACAAGUCUCGUCUAUGCUACAUAACAAGUAACAAUUUUGGACACAGCUGGAGUGAAGUAAAUCAUCUGACUGUAUGUCUGCCUGAAAACUGCAUCGCUUUAGCAAUCGGACGAGGACAUGGCCUUCAAACGGAAGAUGGACGACUGAUAAUCCCGACUUUUGCUUUCAUAGAUGAAAAUCCCACUGAUGACAAACCUGUUCCACAUGCAGUCGCUCUGUAUAGUGACGAUGGUGGAAAAAGCUGGCAGCUUGGCAGCUUGGUUCCAGAAAACACAGCUGAGUGUCAAAUGGCGGAAGUUUGGGGACAUGGAGGCAGGUUCAUCUACUGCAAUGCCAUUAACAAGGACAGGAGACUGGUAGAAGCCUUCAGUGAAGAUAAUGGAGACACAUUUAUCGUAUCAGAAGAUGGGAAGUUUGCCAACACAUGUACAGGUAGUCCAGGAAGUUUGCUCUCUUUUCCAGUUAAAGAUAAAACUGCAAUGGGAAGUGAUGUAAGCCCCUCCCCAAACAGGUGGCUGCUCUUCACCCAACCCAGCAUCUCUGGAGUGGAGUUGGGAGUGUAUGUGAACAAAACUCCAUGUGAUCCAAAGGCCUGGACUAAACCCUGGAUAAUCAACAGAGGACCCAGUGGCCUCUCAGACAUGGCUUACCUUGGUGACGGCUAUAUUGCAUGUGUAUUUGAGACCAGGGAGAAUGAAGACCUCGACAACGUUGUCAUGAAGAUCUUUAACUUCUAUCACAUCUGGCCAAACACAGAUGACACAGACGGGUGCCUCUGCUGCUGCACAGUUAUGUAGACUAGUUAGUCUACUCAAGAUAUUUCAUGAAUAAAAUUUAAUUUCAGCA